AUUAAACAUCUCAUUUCAGUACGAGGAUGUCGUCCUGGGAAGAUCGUUCAGAUGACCGAAGCAGAAGUUCGAGGCUUAUGCAUAAAGUCACGGGAAAUAUUUCUUAGCCAGCCUAUUCUCCUGGAACUAGAAGCACCUCUGAAAAUUUGUGGUGAUAUUCAUGGUCAGUAUACAGACUUGCUUCGAUUAUUUGAAUAUGGAGGAUUCCCACCAGAAGCUAAUUAUCUGUUCCUGGGAGAUUAUGUAGACAGAGGCAAACAGUCUCUGGAAACUAUUUGCCUAUUACUGGCAUAUAAAAUCAAAUACCCGGAAAACUUCUUUCUCUUAAGAGGAAAUCACGAGUGUGCUAGCAUCAAUCGGAUUUAUGGAUUCUAUGAUGAAUGCAAGCGACGAUUUAACAUUAAGCUGUGGAAGACCUUCACAGACUGUUUUAACUGUCUGCCUAUUGCAGCCAUUGUGGAUGAGAAGAUCUUCUGUUGUCAUGGAGGACUGUCUCCAGAUCUGCAGUCAAUGGAGCAGAUCCGGAGAAUUAUGAGACCUACAGAUGUUCCUGACACAGGCUUGCUGUGUGACCUGCUGUGGUCUGAUCCAGACAAAGAUGUGCAAGGUUGGGGUGAAAAUGAUCGUGGCGUCUCUUUCACAUUUGGUGCUGAUGUGGUCAGUAAAUUUCUGAAUCGUCACGAUCUGGAUUUGAUCUGUCGAGCUCACCAGGUGGUUGAAGAUGGAUAUGAAUUCUUUGCUAAACGGCAGUUGGUCACCCUAUUCUCAGCUCCAAAUUAUUGUGGAGAGUUUGACAAUGCAGGGGGCAUGAUGAGUGUGGAUGAAACUCUGAUGUGUUCCUUUCAGAUAUUGAAACCAUCUGAAAAGAAAGCCAAGUACCAGUAUGGUGGACUGAAUUCUGGGCGUCCAGUCACUCCACCUCGCACAGCUAAUCCACCGAAGAAGAGGUGAAGAAAGGAAUAACAUAGAAACAUGAUCAGAUCUGUCAAGGACAAAACUCCGUAUUACAGUAUAUAAUAAAUGUGCACUGUAAAACCAUCCAGCCAUUUGACACCCUUUAUGAUGUCACACAUUUAACUUAAAGAGACGGGUAAAGGAUCUUUAUUAAUUUUUUUCUAGUAGAAAGACGUGCGACACUGUAUUGUAACAAGUAUAGCUCCAAGUUAAAAUAUCCAGCAUAGAGUAAAAAA